AUGGAAACAAUUGUUUCUGUUAAAGAGAUUUUUAACACAUUUGAGUACGAGUCUUGUACAGAUCUUUUAGAAACCAUUCGAUCUCAUUUAUGUUAUAAAAAAGGAGGUGUUAAGUUCUGUAUAAACCUAUUAGAUGAUCUUAUUGCUUCAAAAAAUGAUAAGGGUCUUCAAUAUGGGGAUAUUUUAGAGUUUCAAGGCCCUUAUGGAUCAGGAAAACGGCAUCUACUUUAUUUUAUUGCUUCAACAACACUUCUUCCCAAAGUUUAUGAAUCAAAUGAUAAAAAAGAAGUAAUAGGAGGUCUUGAAGAAGGAAUUGUUCUUUUAGAUUGCAGUAGAAAAUGGCAAACAUUUCGUUUAGAAGAGAUAAUGUAUGAAAAAAUCAAAAAUAUAUUUAAAAAAAAUCAAAAUAAUACAAUUAAUGAAAAAGAUGAUGCAGAAUCUAAGAAUAAGAUAAUAAAAAACAUUAUCAAGGAAAGUCUUUCUCGUUUAUAUAUUUUUCGACCUGAAAAUUCAAUAUCUUUAAUAGCUACUCUCAAAUAUUUACCCCAUUAUUUUAAAUCAUAUGCAAAUGAUUUGAAAAUUCGUUAUGUUUUUCUUGAUUCCAUUUCGGCUUUUUACUGGAAAGAUCGAUAUUCAGAUUUACUCUCUAAUUCUUCUCUUCAAGAGCAAAUUAACAUUAUUUAUAAACGAAUUACUCAAUUACUUAAAAAAUUUUGCUAUACAUGGUGUUCACUUGCUAUCAGUACAAACUGGGUUUUGCAAGUAUCACAAAAUUUCAAUCCUUAUACGACAGAUAUACGUUAUUUUACUAUUUCUGAAGAUUCAUUUCAAAUUUAUCAUCACCACCUCCCUCUUUCAUAUACAAGUCAAGUAUCACAUAGAAUUUGCUUUCUUCGAAAAGCAGUAGCUCAAUUCUCUCCUGGAAUUGAUUUAGAGAACCUCUUAAUUUAUUCGCAACAAAGAAAUAAUAUUCUUCAGCUUGGCUUAUAUCUUGCAGUACUUCAGCGUUUAUCAAAUAAAGACUUAGCACCUUCAAAAAGGACAGGAUUCAUAUUUCGUAUAACGAAAGACAAUGUACAGAUUGAAAAGUAUUUAUAA